AUGGAUGUUUCACCUCAGAGUGGCCAGAAUGGUGACAGACACGAUUGGGUGAUCGAUCCCGACACAAACCAAAUUAUCAAGAAACCUGACGAGAAGGUCGCUGCAAGGAGAUGCUACCAAACUGCUUCCAACGCAUUCAAUGCCUUAACAAAAUCAGUCUUACAAGAAGAGCUUUGGAUCAAUCGACAUGUGAACCAGCUUGCUGAAAGUCCUUGCGAAGUCCACUUCGAACCAAAGGGAACACAAGUGACGGCGGAUGCGAAAUUUACCGACCCCGCUAUGCUGUCGACGUUGUGGCUCUCGGUUCCCCAUUUGACCAAAAACGGUACCCAAGUCACAUUAGCCGUACACAAAGAUGGUCAGGUUUCUCAAUACAAAGGUACUGUGUCACGCGACGUGGACAAGACGCCUGGAGGAAGACUAUCCAUCUCGAUUGACCCACCUGAAGCUGAAGCACGUCGAGAUUUAGCCUCUCUUGUGGCCUCUUUGAACGAAGCUACCACGGCUCGACUUCAUUUUGACAUCGACCGCAAGCUUUACAAUCAACGGGUUGCCGCCGUGAAGGAUGUGUUUGAAACCGACCUAUCUCAAAGGUCUGCCGAGGAUCGGGUGGCCAAUCGUUUGCUAAAAGAGCUACUCGUCGGCGGCACGUCUGGCCCGAUUGGUGACACACCACUCGAGCUUCCAAAUUUUGACCUCGUCGGUGGCAUACCAGACGCUUACCUCAAAGCGCUCAAAUGGGAAGCUCCCUCCGGUACUCGAGAUCAAUACUUCAACUACGUGACUAACCGCACCCGUCUUGGUCUCGUCGGCAUAACAGGGGAAUUCACAAUAAACCUUCUAGCGGUUACUGCCAUCCUUUUCACAGCCAAUCCAUCAAUCGGCAAAGUUUUUCUUUCUGCUUCGACUGAAACAAGAUUAUACGCCAUCGCCGAAAAAAUUCAGAAUUUGGGUCUGAGAAUCAGCAGCAAACCCAACAUACAAGAUCCCACCCCGCUCGUUGUCAUCGGAAGCGACCUAGAUUUGGAAGUCGACGAAUUCAUCCUGAGAAUUUCAAAGUCCAAUGUGAAGCAUCGUCACCAUCUCUCUGUUUGCUGCCGACUCCUCGGACUCUUGAAUUACAAAGUCGGUUGCUUUCCAGACUUGGACCAUCCCAAGCUCAUGAAGAUACGCACCAAGAUUUCCACCGAAAGCCGGUACAAACACAUUCGUGACGUUCACGGCAGCAAAUCAGAAUUCUGCAACGAUUUUGUCCAACGUGGGCAUAUAAGAGGGUUGAUGGAGUCGAUCGUCAGCGCGGCGGAUGUGUUGGGCACCAUGCCUGAUGUUUGUCGAGACCACCCAUAUGACGAAGUACGGAAGAAGGCGAAGGGUAUUGUUCUUCACCAUGCCGCUUCGAUAUCAAGGGACGAUGCUCUGGUUGUUCUCGGUGAUUGUUUCAAACCACUCGCGAUGGAUGGCUGUGAGAAUCGACGGGUUAAGCCGCUUAUUGGCGAGAAUGGUGAUCAUUACAACGCAUUCUUUGAGGAUGCUGAGAUGUCUAUUCUCCGUUUCAUUAUAUGGUCUGGACAUCCGUUCAUCUGA